AUGGGCUUUCCGUUACAUUACAAAUUUUGUAGCACUUGGAAUAUAACAGUAGACACCAUGAAGUUAACAGUAGGCACCCUGAAGUUAACAGUAGACACCAUGAAGUUAACAGUAGACACCCUGAAGUUAACAGUAGACACCAUGAAGUUAACAGUAGACACCCAAACGUUAACAGUAGGCACCCUGAAGUUAACAGUAGACACCAUGAAGUUAACAGUAGACACCAUGAAGUUAACAGUCGACACCAUGAAGUUAACAGUAGACACCCAAACGUUAACAGUAGGCACCCUGAAGUUAACAGUAGACACCAUGAAGUUAACAGUAGACACCCUGAAGUUAACAGUAGACACCAUAAAGUUAACAGUAGACACCAUGAAGUUAACAGUAGACACCCAAACGUUAACAGUAGGCACCCUGAAGUUAACAGUAGACACCAUGAAGUUAACAGUAGACACCCUGAAGUUAACAGUAGACACCAUAAAGUUAACAGUAGACACCCAAACGUUAACAGUAGGCACCCUGAAGUUAACAGUAAACACCAUGAAGUUAACAGUAGACACCAUGAUGUUAACAGUAGGCACCCUGAAGUUAGCAGUAGACACCAUGAAGUUAACAGUAGACACCCUGAAGUUAACAGUAGACACCAUGAAGUUAACAGUAGACACCUUGCCAUUAACUACAAAACCUUAUUAG